AUGUCGGUAAGCGCAAGACGUCAUACCAAUUGCUCGACAUGUAUAUGGAGUGUACGGUCGGUGCUUAGUUGCGUCGAUUACUCGCUCCUGAACAUAGUCGUCGACGAUAGAGAAGACGCGAAGGCGUUUUCUAAUCGUCACUCGCUUGUUGUUGAACUGUGUCGAUCGACGGGCGCACGAAAUACUCUCGUGACCGUCAGCGUCAUUGCGAGCGACGCCGUCGUCACCGGCGAGAUUACCCCCUCGGGUUUUUUUUACUCGAGAGGAAGUCUCGUCUUCUUGACGACGGCGGGUACAAAACUAUUAUACAAAACUAAAGUCAACGUCGCGCCGUUCGCGGUUAAACCCCGGACGCGUACGUUCGACGCUCUACGAGUUAAUGAACUAAUUUUGUUAGCUCCCUGGUUGAUCCUGCCAGUAGUUAUAUGCUUGUCUCAAAGAUUAAGCCAUGCAUGUCUCAGUGCAAGCCGUAUUAAGGCGAUACCGCGAAUGGCUCAAUAUAUCAGUUUUGGUUCCUUAGAUCUUACUCAGUUACUUGGA